UCCAGACGAACUGAGUUAUGAUGUGGUUUCCCCUUAUCCAUAUCUAGUGCUUCACAAUUAUCCCAAACUGCGCUUAAAGUGAAGUGAAAUUUCAGUAUCUUUCAGAAAUGGCAUCCAUAGCUCCUCUUCAGACUCUUUUCUCUAAAAAUUUCUCAAGGCAAUCCACGUUGCCUGAUUCUCCAUCAUUUUUGGCCUCUAAAGUUGGAAAUCUGAAAGAAAGAAGAACCUUGCCUGUGGUUGCCGCCGUUGGUGACGUUUCAGCAGACGGAACAGCCUAUCUGAUAGCAGGUGCCGCUGCAGUGGCGCUGUUUGGAACAGCUUUCCCGAUAGUCUUCUCCCGCAAGGAUACGUGCCCAGAGUGUGAUGGAGCAGGAUUUGUGAGGAAAGCAGGAUCAACCUUGAGGGCAAAUGCAGCCAGGAAAGAUCAGGCGCAGAUUGUAUGUGCUCGUUGCAAUGGUCUUGGGAAGCUUAACCAAAUUGACAAAUAGAAGAAAUAUUGUACGAGCCAAUUAUUGUUUAUUUGGAAUAUGUAUAAAUUACGAACACUAUUCUUUAAGUUUGUAGUGCAUUUAUAGUGCAACCUGAAUGAUGUUCUGUAUCGUCAUAGCUGCUUAGCACCCUUAUGGAUGAACUGUGAUCCAUACUGGUGUCAAGCACCCGUUAUGUUAGAUAAUAUUAAAUUGUUGUUCACAUUGUCUAAAAUUCAAAUGAAAUAGCUUGCAUUUUACUUGAA